GUCGCAUUGAAAUAUUAAGGUCAUGCUCUUUCGAGGACGAUUUAGAAUGCUACGUUCAUUACUCAUCAUGCUAUAUUUUAAGUAAUGCUAUACAACUAAUUGAACGUACCAUGUUAAACACGACAACUUGAACACGGAAAUUUGAAGGAAAGAAUUUGUAGCAUAUAAGUAGUCCCACCCAUAAACAAUCAUGCUGCAACAGAUACUGAAGGAUAUGUACAUCGACCCGGAGCUCCUGGCGGAGUUAUCGGAGCACCAGAAGGAGCUACUCUAUGUGAAGAUGAGAGAGGAGCAAGUACGGAGAUACAAGAAUCGGGAAGAGGAAGAGAAAAAGACCCCACCGAAGAAAGUACCAAAGAAAGGCAAUAAGAAGGUAGUUUGGCUUCAAGGUCGCGAUGGAUGCGAAUGGGUUUGGGUGAUGGGACACCAUAAAAAUGACCGAACAAUAGAACAGAUUUUGGAGAGAGAGAACAAGGAGAAAGCCAGGUUACUUGCAGAGAAGGAGGCACAGGAAAAGAGCUUUAUUUUCAGUGAUGAAAAACCAGAGACCACCCCUGGAAAGACUCCAGUCUGCAACCAGGAAAGCACUGAUACCAUGAAAAAGCAAGAACUGAAAAUGAAGGGGAAAGAGAAAGAAGGAGAGGAGAGACAGAAGAAACUGAAAGAAGAAGAGGAGAGACUUAAGAAGGAAGAGGAAAAACUGGAGAGAGAAAGGAAGAAAGCAGAAGCGGAGGCGUAUGCUUCGAUGAAGGAGCUUCGCCAGCAGCAGGCGAAGAUGGCCAAGGAGGAGGCAGAGAAGAAGAAGAAAGAUCAGGAGCUUAAAGAAAAGAAGGAGCAACUCAAAAGGGAAAGGGAACAGAAACAGAAGGAGCAGAGGGAACAAGAAGAGCAGCUGCGCAAGGAUGAGGAGGCGAGGAGAGAGGAGCUCUACAUGAGCCUCAAGCAGAUACGAGAGGAACAGAAGAAAGCAUCCAUGAAGGAGAGAGAUAAGGCUGAUAAAAUAUUCCAAGUCCAACUAAGAGAAUCCAAGAGGGCGGACAAGGACAGGAGCCACCGGGCGAAGAUAGCCAGGGAAGAGGUCAGAAGGUCACGGAUCCUGAGCAAAGACCUCACCCAUCUCACCAUUCAAGAGGAAUUGAUUGUUAUGGACAAGAGGAUCGUUCCGCCAGAGAAACCCCUCGAGGAAGAGAAACCAUCCCUUCCUCUAAGGAAGAGGCAAGCCCCUAGACCUCCCAAACCCACCGGCCACAAAUCAGUGGUGGAGUGGUUCCAGAAAGAAGAAUGUGAAAGACAGGCAGGACUUCUCAAAGACACCAAGGAAAUCGCCCCCUGGUUCCAUGGCAUCAUUACACGUCAGCAAGCAGAGUACCUCCUAUUCCCGAAAGCAGAGGGUCACUUUCUAGUCAGGGUUAGCAAUCGUAUCUGGGGUUACGCCCUUUCGUUUCGGGACAAAGAAAGAGCCAAACAUUUCUUGAUCGAUGCGUCGGGUAGCAUGUACAGCUUCUUCGGUCAGGACCAGAAGGACCAUGCUUCCCUGGAAGACCUGGUUCAAUUUCAUAUGCGAAUGCCGAUUUCAGAAAUGGGGAAAGAAGUCUUGAAAACACCCUGCGUUCAAGCUGCAAAUCCUCCCGACUAUGAGGAGCUCUUCUCAAAUCAAGACAAUCAUAAUACAGUACUUUGAUUGCAGCAGUCAAAAAGCCACAGAUCCAGCCAAUCAGAAUACAGUACUUUGAUUGCAGCAGUCAAACAGCCACAGAUCCAGCCAAUCAGAAUACAGUACAUUGAUUGUAGCAGUCAAAGCCACAGAUCCAGCCAAUCAGAAUACAGGACUUUGAUUGCAGCAGUCAAAAAGCCACAGAUCCAGCCAAUCAGAGUACAGGACUUUGAUUGCAGCAGUCAAAAAGCCACAGAUCCAGCCAAUCAGAAGACAGUUCUUUGAUUUCAGCAGUCAAACAGCCACAGAUCCAACCAAUCAAAAUACAGUACUUUGAUUGCAGCAGUCUGGAGAUACAUGUGUUCAGCCAAUCAUGUUUCAGGACUUGUAUAACAGUUAGGAUGACGAUGCACAGGUGCUAGUCCAAAUAAUCAGAAUGCAGUACUUCAAUAGCAGCUGUUUGAAAAGACUGAGGGAUCCCAAAAAAGCAUAAUCUAUAGCAAAUGUAUAAAUUGCCUUUUGUAAUUCAAAUAUUGAUUUGCGGAAUGUACUAUAUUAAUGUACAUUGACUUAAAAAUGAAAAUGAAAACUGACACAGUAGUCCAGCCAAUCAUUAAAUUAACCCCUUUUUAUGGAAGAUAAAUGUACAUUACGGAGUAUAUUUAUAUCAUGGAUUGACACAAAUCAUGUUAAGUGUCGCGAUAACUAAAAAAAACACAUAAAACCUGGGUUUUAAAAAGAAAAAUAUAUUUACAAAAAUAGAAUCAUACAGAUAGCUCAAAUAUGAAUAAUAUAAUACAUGUACCCUAUCAUGGACAUUUUGAUAAAGAAACGUCUAGUAUUUAAGUAUCUAUUAAUUACUGCUUACUGGCAAAGUGCAUUUUAAUUUCUGAAUGUUUUUAAAAUAUUUAGCAUUGCUUGUUGCCAAGGCACAGUGAACGAUUGUUUGUAACUCACCUUGUAGAUAUUCACUUUGUUCUUUCAUUUCUUUCUGUCUUGUACUUUCUAAAGCAAAAGUGUCUGCAGAAAAUAUUUUAGCUUGUUUAUUGCAUUUGUUGGGGGUCUAGUAUAUUACCAUGAAGGUGAACAUGUCCAAUAUUGAAUGGAUGUUACAAAUGAAGGUUACAGAUAUAACAUUGU